AUGUCGACAGUAGUAAGGCAAAUCAUACCGAGACGAACCCACACCCGCUCCUUUACCACCACGCCAGCCACGCGCUCAUGGUUCGGCGACAUGUUUGGCCGCAACAAGAAGAAGAUAACCGACAAGACCAGAGAAGACAUAAUCUCGCACCAAGACGAGUUAGCCGAGAAGGAAAUCACGACGAUCAAGCAUCUCACGCGGAAGAACUCGGAUGCGUAUUACGCGAGCCUCAAAGCUAAUGCCGUGUUGCCUUCUUCCAAGGUUAAAAAUUGGAAAGCUAGAAUUAUCCCUGCUGAUGCUUUGGAAAGUGCGUAUGAUGACAAGGAGAAAUUAAGGAGUAUUGUGAGUGAAGUUUACGAGGAAGUGAGAGGAGAUAGCGGUGGCGAUGCCACCGGCAAAUUGUCAUUUGCUGAGUAUCGCUCGGUCGACUUGGGCGACUUGAAGUUUAGAUUCAACUUGGUCAAGGCUUUGCAAUCUCGUCUAGGCUUUGAAUUCAAUGACUAUACCGUCACCAAGUCGCACGACUUGAUGACCCUUUACGAAGAGAUUGAAAACGUCGUGAACAGGAGAUGGAAGAGCGAACGAAACCCCAAUGCCAUUGUGUUGAGGCCUGAGGAUUUCACUGCCGGCAAUAUCCACCUUAGCGAAGAAAGGACGGAGAAACAACAGAAACAAAUCUUUUCAACCAUGUUGAACCAAAUAAAGACACAGGGGGGAAAAACCGGCGAAAUCUCAAUAAAGCAGAACAAAUAA